AUGUGUUAUUUUGUCAAUUUUCAAAAUACAUAUACAUACAUACAAAAAAAAAGACAGCGCCGUCCAGUGACAUCUACUGGUCGGUUUUCGUAUUCUCGCGAUAGUUCGUCGCCGUAAUAUCCUCCAGACCGCGAGAAGAUGAGAAAUGGCAAUAGAAAACAAACCUGGAGAGGAAUUUGACACUGUUUUCAGUCUAAAUGACUCCCUGGAGCUUUCCUCUCAUCACGACUAUGACCGUGGGAACGCUCGGAUUUUCAAGAUAAUCGUCAUAGGGGAUUCAAAUGUGGGGAAGACGUGUUUGACUUACCGGUUCUGCGGGGGCACUUUCCUGAAAAACCCGGAGGCGACCAUCGGGGUGGAUUUCAGAGAGAGGACGGUGGAGCUGGAUGGAGAGAGCAUCAAGUUGCAGAUCUGGGACACCGCAGGUCAGGAGCGAUUCAGAAAAAGCAUGGUGGAGCACUACUACCGCAGCGUUCACGCCGUCAUCUUCGUGUACGACGUCACGAGCCUCACCUCCUUCCAGAGCAUCCCCGAGUGGAUUGAGGAGUGCAGCCGACACUGCGUGGGGCCCCUGGUGCCCCGCAUCAUGGUGGGAAACAAGUGUGACCUAAGGGAGCGCCGGGAGGUGCCCACGUCCGCAGCCCAGUGCCUCGCCGACAGCUACAACUUCCCGCUGUUCGAGACGUCGGCCAAGGACCCCGGCGAGAAGGAAAACGUCGAUGCAAUCUUUCUCACUUUAGCUUACAGACUGAAGAGCCACAAGCCACUGAGACUAAAGCAGCCGAGCGAGAACAACAUCAGGCAUCUGUGGAACCAAAGACAGGAGGAAGCGUCAAUUUGUCAAUGCUGAGGUCACCUACAUCCCACGUAGAUGUACUGAGUGUGUUCAAAGGCUGCUGAAGCCUUCAGGGGUAGUGCUGAGGAAAGCACCGUUGAACGAAGCUUCUCAACACUGAGACUGAAGGACGGAAGCUUCCAAUGAUUUUACAAACUUCCCUGCGUGAUGUGAGGCACAGCUUUGACAUCGUAGCCCUAUAGGUUUGCACAGUAUUAAACCAAUGUGUUCAUGCAUGAAUGGAUAUGGAGGUAUGUCAAGUAUUUUAAACUGCACAUAAACAACAACAGCAUUACAGAAUGCACUUUAGUAGCAAAAUAAAUGACGUGCAAUAAUCAGCAGCAUCAUAGCACUACAACGUAUCUACAGAACACAAUAGAAGCAGUAAAUUAAAGAAUUUCUGUGUGUGUAAAGGGUCCAAUAAGAUAAACUGAAGCUGUGAAAAAAAUGCAAUCUUUUUUUUUUUUUUUUAAAGAAGGGAUAUUUUAGUUUUGAAUGUAGCAGUGAGGGAUUUGGAUGUUUUUGUGUCCUCCCAUUUGCAUAUAUAGUUUUGUGGAGGGACUUCGUCAAUACCAAAAACCUAACCGACAAGCUUUUGGGACAAAAAAGGCAAAUCCACAUUGUUCUCUUGAAUAAGCAUGACUGAAAACAAACUCAGUGUUCCUUGAAAUCAAGAUAAAGAAUUCACAGCUGACUGAUGAUUAUAUAAUCACGUUGCAUGUGUGCAAAAAAGCAAACUCUUUUCAACAGUAUGAAGGUGUGUGACAAUGUAACACUGUAAACCAAUAAAAACUUGUAUCUAUAUCAUAA